AAAACAAAACAGCCCAAAGACUCCUCGAGACGCAAGCUAAAAAUAGCCCGUCUUGUUAAAUUGCUAAUAAGUAAUGUAAUGUAAACCCUGGCUAAACCCCUUUCCAAAUCGUGAACUUCCUUCCAACAAUUUCAGGCAGAACGUGGUAGGAGAGGGAUUCAAAGAAAGCUGAUGAUUAUUCGUAGAAUCGUUCGUAGCCACCACUAUCACACGAUUCUCAGAUUGAGAAACCCUUUUGAAUCCUCUCCUCCAUUACCCCAUUGGAUACCUUCACAUCGCCCAUCGUUCUCCCUACGGCCGUUUUCAUUUUGGGCUCAAAAUGAAAGCACUGAACCGAUUACCUCACGAGAUGAUGUUAAGGUAAAGAGGGAACUGAAGAAAUCUCUGAGUAUUCAUUUCAAGGAAGCGGUGGGACUUCAGGAAAAGACCCCGGAUGAUGACGAAACCCAAAUUGAAGGGGAGGACGAGAAUGCUGCAGAGUUGAAGGAGAAAUUGAAGAAUCUAGAGGGAGAAUUGAGGUUUGCAGAGCGAAAUUCGAAGAAUACCGAGGAGAGUAAGGAGGAUGGAAUCAAAAGGGUUGAAGAGCUGUUCAAGAAUCUGUCUAUUACUUCCGAGGAAGGUGUCAAAAGGGUUAUGGAACAGAGUGAGAAGGAAUCUAGCUCUAAAAGAGGAUUAUCUUUGUCUUCGUUGUUUGCUAGCAAGGCUAGGCGUGAUCGAGAUGCUUUGAAGGAGAAAAAGGAGCUGGAAAUGGAUCAUUCAGAUUAUAAGCCGCUAUCCCCAGAAAUGGAAAAGUUCGUGAUUUAUUUGUAUGAAAAAGGGUAUUUUAAUGAUUCCAACUUUCUGACGAGAAACAGGUUCGACAUUACUUGCUUUGAGAAUAGUUACGCCAAAGAUUACAUCAGAUAUGCGGCUGAGCAGUUUGGCAGGGAUAACCGAGAGAUUGCUAAGUGGUUGUCUGGGAGUGACUUGAAAAAGGUGGCCAGUUUUGGUUGCCCUUCCCUAGGAAAAAAGAUUGUAUAUUCAGCUAAAGGACUUCGUAGGUUUUUUGGAAUUCAUGAGAACACUGUUUGCAACAAAUGCAUCCUAAAGCAGUCGUGCAAGUUUGUGAAUCUGAAUGGAUGGAAAGUGGACAACAAGUAUUUAGAUUUGGCUAUGGUAAUGAGAGUCAUUCCUCAAUACGCUAUGGAGUCGGUACCUCCAGAAUUAGUUGUGCCUGAAGAAAUAAAGGAUUCUGUUAAUCGAUUGCUGACGGAGGCUGUCAAUUUAAGUGACACGGUCACUUCAACACCUUAAAGGCUGAAGCUUCAAUUUCGAAGCUUCAGAGUUCAGCAGGUUAUCUUUUACAUCCUGAGAAAUGGUAGGGAAUGGCUAUGGCAUCAAUUUUGUUCAAGGUUAAUGAUAUUACCCAUCCUCCUCAAUCAUAGUUAAAUGGUCAGAGAGAUAGAAGCAUGUCGUCAGAACUGAUUGUCCGAAUGGAGCCAUCAUUGGUUUCUAUUGGGAUCUAUGAGUAGCUAAUGAGGGGAGGGCAGCAGCAGGAUUGCAGGGGGGGCUGUGUGGGAGGCUGGCAUAUAAGUUUACAACAAUCUGAGCCCACUUCAUCUUCUUCUGGUCCCUCUUACUUUGUAAAGUAGUACCUAAAUGAAUCAAAACUCAACCAGACUGAGGACUUAAAAAGGUCGUGUGUGGUUGGCAUGGUCAAUACAAAGAUUGUUGAACACAGACCAAGCUUUGAUGCAACCCAAACAACAAUGCCUCACUGCUGGUCAUACAUACAUAUACUUCAUCUUUUGAGCUAUAUAGUUCAGUCUAUGUAACAUUGUGGUUGUCCAAAAUAAGAAUCCGAACGAUGAACCUCUUUUUCAUAAUGGAGCGCAUCCAACCCUUCUCCUUGAUCUUUUGGGGUAAAGUCGUUAAUCAGUUGUUGUAUAUUCAAUCGCUCCUUUCGAAUUGUAGAUAUGGCUAUAUGAAAUCCUAGUUCCGCC